GCCAUCGAUAAAUAAGUAGGUAUUACAAUUAGAUUAAUUACUAUAUAAAAGUAGGUCAAGUUUGGUUAAUUACUCAGUUUGGCUGAUAUUGUUUAAGAUGAAGCAGCUUUUGGUUCUUGUUGCGCUCAUUGCCGCCGCUCAGGCCCUCGGGGCAUGGAAGGGUGGUCUGAAAGUGAGAUUUGGGAUGAAUGUGAUUGGCUACGGUCGCAGCUACUUCAUGAGCGUGCCCCGCACUAUCGCUGAGGCUAAGAACGCGCGCUGGGUGCAGCAGCCACGCCCUGACGGACCUAUGCCCGAGCUCGUGCUAUACUGCCCUUCGCAAAACGACCGCGUGCUCUGCGCAUUGUUCGAUGACACCGCAUACGUAGCUGGUCUGCAGGUUGCUCUCGAUGAAGCCAAAAUGACGGACGCACCAUUCGACUGGAAGGUUCAAGGUUUUACCCGCUGGACGCCACCACCGAAUACCCAAGGUGUUGUCGAAACAUACCAGACCAUUCAGCAAUACUUCAUCGAUGAAGUCGAAUUGGCAAAGACCCCAGCUGAGCGUAUCACGGCACGUAAUGCAGACAAAACCAUACAGUUCAACGGCGUAUGGGUGACUGGCUUUAACGGGGAGCGCAUGAGGAUCUCUGAUAGGACUGAAGAUAUCGCCAACACUGCUGUCAGCCACUUCACAAAACAGGCCUGCAUUCCAUUGAUGGGUCGUCACUAUUACUACAACAUGACUGCGUCGACCGCGUGCACAGCUGACAGCUUGUUCCCCUGGUUCCCCCUGGUGCAUUCUGGCGAGCUCAUCGGCAUGGGCUUCAUCGUGUUCGGCAAACUCGAGGAGAAAGCAAUCAUUAGGGACUACUUUGAGAGGCCCCCCGUUACUGCUGUCAAGGUUAUCGUCCCCGACGGCCCAGAAUGCUUAUACGAGAUGGCGCGCGACCCAGCGAUGAUCACCAUGCACUCCUACUACAUCAACACACCCUGGCUUGUCGACUGCCUCUUGCAAUAAGGACAUCUUUCCAGCUUUCAAAAGUAUUUUAUCCCUUAAGAUGACGAGUUGUUACAUUAACAACAAAGUUACCACCAUAUUUGGUCAAUUUUCUGUUUUUGUAAUUAUAAUGGAGUUUUAAUUUACAUCUACGGAUAAUUGUAAUUUCUCCAAUAUCGCCAAAACAAUGUAAAUAAAAUUCAAAUUAAGCAAAUCGUAAGCUUUUCAUUUGUGGAUUUUUCUAGUGUACGAAAAUAAAAAAAAUCAACUAGCGGA